AUGACUGAUUCCGUCGCUGUGGCAAGCCUGACCCCAGUAAGGACUCUUUCAAAGUCCAGCGACAGGUCGCCGCUUUCAUCCGAUAACCUGGCUCCAGGGCUGCCUAGCAACCCUCCCGUGACGUCUUCCCCAGAGAUCCACGACGCCUUAGGAGAUGCUAACAGCCCUCCUCCCUUUGGCCUACGCUCCAAUAGCGGACCUCUGGCGCCUUACCCCCAUGAUACCCAGGACAACCUGACCAGCCUGGAGGACAGAACGGCCACAGGAACUGGUUUAAAUGGCUCCAGCUCUGCUGAACCAAGCUCUACAGCUCCUGUCUCGGUCUCUGCAUCGUCAUCAGGCCCAGCACAGAUCCAGCGCUCCGGUUCUGGUUCCAUCGCGGUCACUAAUCAGACGGUCGAGCCGCAGGCCUCACAACAACAAGGCGCACAAUCAUUAGGCUCAUCCGGAGCUUCAUCAGGAGCCUUCUCGGGGGCUUCCUCUGGCUCAGGUUCCGCUGUUCCGGCAGCUCCGCCCGCCUCUGCUGCUAGUAGAACUCCACCUACAAGACCCCAACAAUCUGGGUUGGCCAGACGUCCCUCCUUCGGCUUAUCCUUCCUCAGCUCCCUUUCCAACACCAUCAGAGGCUCUCACUCCAACCUGACUUCCCUGGACACUCACGCCGGCCACCUGCAUUCCCAUAACCAAACAGACUCGCAUCCCCACUCGCAUACGCAUUCGCAUCCACCUCCACAAACCCACUACUUCAUGUCCAACAGUCCCACCAUCGCCAACCUCAACGGGUUCACCGAUGCCUCUGCAGACUUGAACAAUUCUGCCGGAUCCUCCAACUCGCUGAGCGAAAACCAGGCCCAGCCUCCCUUCUUGGCCCGUCAAGACACUAUGGUGCGCAGCCAGCCCAUCAUCUCCGAGGAGACUGCCGAGGCUGAGGCUAUUAAGGAAGAAGACGCUUCUGGAAAGGACAAGGACGGCUUUUACUCCGUUCGUUUGACCCCCAUCAUCGACCAUCUGACCUCCAACACAGGUCUCUACUUUUCACCUAUGAUCCGCCGUAUCAAGCCUAAAGAGCUGAUCUCCAUAGGCAGAUACACUGAGAAGAACAAAAGUGCUGCUCAUGCCCCGCAGGGCUCUUCGGCACCCAUCGUCUUCAAGUCUAAAGUUGUGUCUCGUACCCAUGCCAUGUUCCAGUGCAAUGAAGACGGAUCGUGGUUCCUCAAGGACUGCAAGUCAUCGUCAGGUACUUUCCUUAAUAACGUACGUUUAUCUCAGGCAUCUCAAGAGCUGACGCUCUGGCCGCUAAUAGACGGUGACAUUGUGCAGUUGGGUUUGGACUACAGAGGCGGAACUGAAGAAGUUUACAGAUGCGUAAAGAUGCGUUGUGAGUUUAACAGAAGCUGGCAGCGUAAGGUGAAUCAAUUCAACUUGGACAUUCACAAGAAGAUGAAACGUUUGGGUCUUGAAUCGGACAAGGACGAUGGCAACUCCGAGCUCUCUGAAUGUGCUAUUUGUCUUCUCAAGCUCGAGCCUUGUCAAGCGCUAUUUAUAAGUCCUUGUUCACACUCAUGGCACUACAAGUGCAUACGACCCAUCAUUAUCAAGAGCUAUCCUCAAUUUUACUGUCCAAACUGCCGGUCUAUGUGUGACCUCGAGACAGAUAUCGAAGACGAAUAA